AAACAAACGCUGCGAUUUGUUGUCAAAAUCGAACCGGGAAGGAAAAGAACCACUGCACGCCGAUAGAUAAUUGCUUUUUUCAUUAAGAAAACGUUUGGUGAUAACAUGCAUUUCUUAAUAUAGUGUAACACAGGUUCAGCAAAGAUUAUUUGAACUAUUCCCCUGCCAGUACCUACCACACGGACGGCAAGAUGAAGCUGAUGUCUUUAUCGUCGAUAUGUGGCAUUGUUUUCCUGUGUUAUAUAUUACAUUCCACGUAUACACUUUAUAUGCUGUUUCGGGCACCGCAAUGUACCGAUACGCCCUGUUACCAGUCUCAGCUGACCAAAGGCAAGUUCCUGCAGUUAUCGCUGUACACUUCUCCAUUGGCAAACCCAACGAACGGGAACAAGGUGACCAAGCUGGGUACCGUCAAUCCGUUCGAUCCGUUCAUUGAACUAGAAAAAACGUACACCAUCAAGCUACCGAAAGAGACCCGCUCCAAUGGCACGUUGUACAUGUUUGCGGUACUGACGAAAGGUGCCAAAUCGUUGGAAUGGGACACGGUAAGAAGCCAGAGCACGUCGGUGAUCAAAAAGUUUGGCUUGACGCACUACAUGGUCCCUAAGACAGCCACUAUUAAUCUGUUGAAUGAUAAGGGUGCCACGAAAAGACCCAAUAAAUCCGUGAACCAAAAGCGCAUCGCUCACAUUCGGCAAAAUGUGUUCAUACACAUCAUCACCGAGCCAUUCUCGAUAUCUCCGAGGGAUGUACCGGCAGAGCUGGCACGCGAUAUUCGCAUCACACCGGACAACCUGGUGAUGCCCAUCAUACGGAAUGAUUUUGCAAAAGAAAAGCUUGCCGAUCUGGUAGAAAUCGAUCCGAAAGUAACAGAAGCCAGUGUAACCGUACAUUACGCUCCCAGUUCGGUCGGGAAAAUCAAGAUGUUGGCUCAGAUCGAACGGGCUAUGUCGGAUCUGACCCGGUUGGGUUUCAGCGAGAAGGAUAUCGAUGAGGUGAAAUCAAUCUUCUCUGAUACGAACGUUUAUCUGCUGUGUGGAACAAUCAUCAUCAGUAGCGUUCAUCUUCUGAUAGAUUUCCUAUCAUUCAAAAACGAUAUCCUAUUCUGGAAACACAAGCGCCACUAUGCUGGACUCUCGUUGCGAAGUACGCUGUGGCGAACGUUCAGCCAUAUAAUCAUUUUCCUGUAUCUGUUGGACGAAGAAACAUCACUUCUAAUCCUCAUACCGACCGGCAUCGGAACGCUGAUCGAGGUUUGGAAGGCGAAGAAAAUCCUAAAGCUCGAUGUAAGCCUACGCCGUGGUAUCCGAUUCCGAUCGGACGAGAACGAAUCGGACGUGCCGAGUGAUAUUAAAACGCAGGAAAACAAUACACUGGAGCUGGACAAACAGGCGAUGCAGUAUUUAAGCUACAUACUCUAUCCCCUGUGCGUUGCUGGAGCUAUCUAUUCGUUGCUUUAUCUUCCUCACAAGAGUUGGUAUUCGUGGACCAUCAGUUCGAUGGCGAAUGGAGUGUACGCGUUCGGGUUCCUCUUUAUGCUGCCCCAGCUAUUCAUCAACUAUAAGCUAAAAUCGGUCGCAGCGCUACCGUGGCGUGUGUUUAUGUACAAAUCGUUCAACACGUUCAUCGACGACGUGUUUGCCUUCAUCAUCACGAUGCCAACAGCGCACCGGUUCGCCUGCUUCCGGGACGAUGUCGUAUUCCUGGUGUACCUAUACCAACGAUGGCUGUACCCCGUCGAUAAAACACGCAUCGACGAAGAUGAGCGCGCACUAAUGGGCAAAGAACAAGAUGCUGUCGAUGAGCAGGAGGAAAACACAGCGAAGCCGAAAAAGCUUGUUGACGCUAAGGAAAGCAAGAAGGAUAAUUAGAGCAAGCAAAGGAAAAAUUUGGCAGCCGCGCUUAUUCCCAGUUAAGACCACUCUAAACGGACGCACAAAAUUGCAACAAAUAGAUGAUGAGGUAGUCUGUUCUUUAUUGGCACUUCUAUACAUCCUCGAGAGCGUGCUAUGUCUUUGGCCUCUUUGAGUUGAUUCGCCCGUAGCAAAAUAUUUCGAUCGGGUCAGAUAAACGUUGCUCGGCGGCCAACGACUGCCAAGGGACCGUAGCGUACGUAAACCGCUCAAACAAACGAGUCAUUGAGUUCCAUCCAUAGUGUUACGUUAGUAGUUGAAGAAUAUAUUUUCAGAUUAGUUAUUUUUUUUCGCACGUUUCAUUAUACUUUUAAACUUACUAAGCAUUUCCGUGUCGUUGGUAACGUAUCGUAUACACAUUUUUUAAUCUUAAUAAAUGAUCCUUAAACUCAAUCUUA